AUGGCGACAAAUGUCAACGCCGAGGCCCUCAAGGAGACGCCCAUCCCCGAGGCCCUCGAGAAGCAAGCUGCCUCCAAGCAGACAGUGGAUCCCUACAAUGUCCAAGGCGAGGUCGGCGAGGAUGGCGUUGUCAAGGCCAUCGAUUACAACAAGCUGGUCGAGGAGUUCGGCACCAAGAAGAUCGACCAGGCCCUGCUCAAUCGCCUCGAGAGGGUCACCGGCAAGAAGCCCCAUCGCUUCCUCCGGAGAGGCAUUGUCUUCUCCCACCGCGACCUCGAGCUUAUUCUCGACCGCUAUGAGAAGGGCGAGCCCUUCUUCCUCUACACCGGCCGCGGCCCUUCCUCCGACAGUGUCCACGUUGGCCACACCAUUCCCUUCGAGUUCACAAAGUGGCUUCAGGAUACCUUCGAUGUUCCUCUGGUUAUCAUGAUGACCGACGACGAGAAGUACCUCUUCUCCGACAAGAGGACGAUCGAGGAGGUUGAGGGCUACUGCAGCAACAACGCCAAGGAUAUCAUUGCCGUCGGCUUCGAUCCCAACAAGACUUUCAUCUUCAGCGAUUUCCAGUUUAUGGGUGGCGCCUUCUACAAGAACGUUGUGCGCUUGUCCAAGCACAUCACCCUCAACCAGGCUCGCGCCAUUUUCGGCUUCAACGAUAGCACCAACAUCGGUCGCAUUCACUUCGGCAGUAUUCAGGGUGCUAGCAGUUGGGCGUCGUCCUUCCCCCAUAUCUUCGGCGAAGAUGAGUCCAAGACCGUGGCUAUUCCUUGCCUUAUUCCUUGCGCCAUCGACCAGGAUCCCUACUUCAGAAUGACCAGAGACGUCUCCGCUCGUUUGAAGUACAAGAACACCAACACCUCGUACGCGAAGCCAGCCCUCAUUCACUCCCGUUUCCUUGAUGCUCUUCAGGGUCCCGGCACAAAGAUGUCCGCUUCCAUCGACGAGUCUGCUAUUUUCAUGAGAGAUACCCCCAACCAAAUCAAGAACAAGAUCAACAAGUAUGCCUACUCGGGUGGCAAGGUCACCGUUGAGGAGCACCGCGAGAAGGGAGGUGACACCAGCGUCGAUGUGGCCUUCCAGUACUUGCGCUUCUUCCUCGAAGAUGACGAGGAGCUGGAGAAGAUCCGCGUCGCCUACGAGUCUGGUGAAAUGUUGACUGGCGAGCUCAAGGCAAUCUGCAUCAAGGAGCUCCAGAAAUAUGUCGCCGCUUUCCAGGAAAGGAGGGCCAAGGUCGACGACGAGGCUGUCAAGCUGUUCAUGGAGACACGCCCUCUCAAGUGGAACGGAAACCCUCGUGCCCCUAUCGUGGUGCCCCAGGUGCAGACCGCUGAUGGGGAGGCGGCCACUGAGGGUGGAGAUGGAAAGUUGACCAAGAACCAGCUCAAGAAGCUCGAGAAGCAGAAGCAAAUAGAGGCCAAGAAGGCCCAAAAGGCUAAGGAGAAGGAGGAGAAAGACAAGGCUGCUGCCCAAGCUUAG